ACAGAUCUCCCGCCCAUCGACGGCGGCCGGGGAGCUUGGACUUUCCUCUUCGGAGCCUUGCUUCUUGAGGCGACCGUCUGGGCAUUCGCGUUGAGCUUUGGCGUCUUCCAGGAAUACUAUUCGAAACAUGAGCUCUUUCGCGACAGUAGUCUUAUUCCCACGAUUGGAGCCGUGGCGACAGGAUUCACGUAUCUCGGCAUUCCGGUGACGAAUCCGAUCGCGAUGCGCUGGCCGCAGCAUCGGAGGAAGAUGGUGGUUAUUGGGUAUGUGUUGUGUAUGAUUGGGUUGGUAGGGGCUUCUUUCGCCAGGGAGGCGUGGCAGCUUCUCCUGUUUCAAGGACUGCUGUUUGGGUUUGGAUGGGUGGUGUGUUAUACACCUUUGCUGUUGAUGCUGAAUGAAUGGUUCGUGGAGAAGAGGGGGCUUGCGCAUGGGAUCUUGCUCUGUGCGAGUGGGUUUUCGGGCUUGUUCAUUCCGUUGGGAUUGGGUGCUUCGUUGGAGAAAUUUGGGUUCAGGAACACGUUGCGUGGGUAUACGGUCCUGACGAUUGUGCUUUCUGGACCGGGAUUGUUCCUCAUGCGACCUGGGAUCACCCACAACUACAGGGACGACUCAUUCGGGCAGGCCAAAGGACCAGGAAUCACCACUCUACUGAAUUACUGCAAGACCAUUCACCUGCCACUAUUUGCGACCGCCGUCUUCCUCCAAGGCCUCACAUUCUUCCUCCCAAACAUCUUCAUCACUUCCUUUGCCAAAGAUCUGGGCCUGUCCUCGACAGAAAGCUCCGGGCUCCUCGCUCUCAUCUCGCUUGCUCAAGUCCUCGGACAGCUCUGGCAAGGCUGGAUCUCCGACCGCGUCAACGUCUAUAUUCUCGCUUCGAUCUCCACUAUCGUUCCAGGUCUCGCUGCGGCUUUCCUCUGGGGUCCAGCCAGAGGCAUGGCUUAUCUGGCGCCAUUCGCUCUGAUCUGGGGUUUCUUUAGCGCGAGCUAUAGUGUGCUUUAUACAAGGAUGUGUACCACCGUCAUCGAUUCGACCAAGGAUGGAGAUCCUGGAGAGGGACUGUUUAUGCUGCUAUAUGCCGUCCUGAGCUUUUUGCGUGGGGUCUCGAAUAUUCUGGAGGGACCUCUGAGCACUUUGUUCAUUGGCGAUGAGAUUGAUCUUGAGACUUUUGGUCUUGGGAAGUAUCGAAGACUUGUGUGGUUUACGACGCUUUGCAUGUUGGGGAGCUCGCUGGUU